UUUGUGACAAUUACAAUUUUUGGAAAUUAUUUUACAUUUUUUUAGUAGUUUUUUUUUGGUUUGUUUUUAGUGAGUUUUAUAUUUUUUUAUUUUCCAUAUGCUUUGCAAAAUUGUCUGACACCAUGUGGUAGAAGGUAACAAUGGUUUAUUAUGACAUCACAGUGCUGGAGUUGGACGUACCGGAACAUUAAUCGGGUUUGACAUUAUGAUGUCACAAUUAAAACAAGAACAAUCGGUUAACGUUCUAGAAACCGUUGUUGGUAUGAGGAAACAAAGGACAAUGAUGGUUCAGACAAUGGAACAAUACGUUUACCUGCACAAAUUGUUGGCCGAAGUUUCCACGUUUGGUACGACAGCUUUUCCGACCAAUCAGAUUGGAGAAAAGAUGGCUUCGAUGAGGAGGAAAGGUACAGAUGGCUUGGAUGGGUUUGAAACAGAAUACAGGAACCUUGGUACGAUUGGACCAAUCGAUGAAUUGCAUGAUAUUGCUGAACGACCUGCUAAUGUUAAGUUUAAUAGAUAUCCUGGGAUUGUGCCUUACAACCGUGCCCGUCUCAUCUUACCCCCCAUCCGUCCCAACGAGCCCCCAGCUUACUACAAUGCAUCACUUAUAAUGAAUUGUGACGGCUUCAAUGGGUCGAUUAUUUGCGCACAAUCACCCCUUUAUGACCAAACAAAGGAAUUCUGGUUCGCCGUGUGGAAUUAUGAUGUCACAAUGAUCGUCAUGGUAACCGACUUGGUGGAUGACAAUGGAAAGGAACAAUGUUCAAAAUAUUGGCCCGAUUACCCGAGACAAAGCGUUAAAUAUGGAGGAGUAUCGGUUACGCUGGUGAGGGAGGUUGUGGAUGGGGCAGUGGUUACCAGGUUUAUGAAGAUUACACAGGGUGGAGUUACGAAGGAUUUGACGCAAAUCCAAUAUUUGGAUUGGAAGGAACAUGGGGAGCCACCUAGUGUGGAUUCCGUGCUCGGGUUCGUCAAGGUUUUGGAAAAUUCAUCGAAUCGUGGACAAGCGUUCAUACACUGCACAGAUGGUGCAGGCAGAAGUGGGGUGGUCGUCAGCUUGGUAAACAUCAUCCAACAAAUUAAAAACCAAAACCAAAUCGACGUUUUUAGGGCCGUGAAGGAUUUACGAGAUUAUCGACCAAAUAUGGUCAAUACCGAGGAGAAAUAUCGCUUGGUUUACGAAGUUUGUAAAAACUUUGUGUCCGGUUUCGAUCUCUAUGAGAAUCUACGUCAAUGAUGAUGUAACAAUAACCAUUGUUAAAAUAAUUGUUGUUUGAAAACUGUAAUAAUUAGUAUAGUUAAGAUAUUGGCUCCCUUGUAUUUAUUAUUAAACACAAAAUUAACUGAAUCAGUUUUAAACAAACACAAAAAAGUUCCAGAAAAUAUAUUUACUUAAUCUAAGUAUAACGACGUAUAUACGUAGCAUUGUUGUGUAAUAACGUGUUUCAACACACUGUAUAUUAUUGAUUUGUCAUCAUUACUUUUGUGAUGUCACUGUAGGUUAAUUGUUGUGAAUAUAUAGUGCAAUAUGAUGUCAUAAUAAUGUGUUUGUGCAAUAAUAAAUAAAACAAUUAUCAUUUA